CGUGUUAAAAAUGUUAUUUCAAGGAGAGUAUUUAUAUAUUAUGAACGCCGCUCCGUGCUAAAAACCCCGAGGGUUUUACUUAGAGACGAACCUGCAAAGAAAUAUAUCAGUCACUGUCCGUUCUCUGCAUUCAGUUCCAUAGACAAGGGGUUAUACCAAUGGCUUUCUUAAGUAAAAUUGGAAGUAUACUUAGGCAGACCACAAGUAUGCAUGUCAAUGCUAAGUUGUCUGCAUCAGGACCAGGCCUAUUUCAAGUGUUGAGAAGCAUGUCAACAUCGCCAAGCUCGAAACUUUUUGUGGGAGGUAUUUCGUUCCAAACAGACGAUCAAAGUCUGAGAGAAGCUUUUAGCAAAUACGGUGAAGUUAUUGAUGCACGAAUAAUUAUGGAUCGAGAAACAGGCAGGUCCCGAGGAUUUGGCUUUGUCACUUACACCAGUUCUGAGGAUGCUUCCAGUGCACUACAGGCCUUGGAUGGUCAGGUUCUCCAUGGCCGUCAAGUAAGAGUAAACUAUGCAAAUGAGAGGCCUCCUCGUAACUUUGGAGGUGGAGGUUUUAAUAGCGGUUAUGGCGGUGGCGGAUAUGGAGGUGGCGGUGGCGGCUAUGGUGGGGGCAGUGGUGGCUAUGGAGGUGGUGGGGGGGGCUAUGACAGAAAUGAUGGUUUCUCUUCUGGAAAUUAUGGAGGUAAUGUUGGAUAUGGUAACCCUGGUGGUAGCAGUUAUGGAGGUCAAGGAAGUUAUGGUGGUGGUAAUAACUAUGGCACCGGUGGUGUUAGCUAUGGUAGUGAUUUUGGUCAAUCUGGUGUAGAUGGCGGGAAUUUCAAUGUAGGAGGCAGUGAUAGCUUUGCAACUGGUGGUUCGACCGGGUAUGGAGGUGACUCAAUGGGAUUUGGUGGUGGUGAAGAUGGGUACAAAGGAGCUUAUGAUGGAAAUGAUGCCCUGAAUGACAACUCAAGAGAUGAAGAUGAAAGUGGCGACUUUGUCAAAAGGGCAUGAAAUAAAGGUGUUUGAGCUUUGAGGUAUAAUUUAAUGGCGGAUUUCUUUUGGUUUUUGUUUUAGUUAUCUUUUUCUCUGAACUAAUCUUCUUUAUCAUUUUAGUUUUGUGUGAAUCGUUCUCUCUGUAAACCUUGAUACUUUUCAGUGUUUGUCAUGGAGAAAGGUCAAUAUUGCUUGGAAUAAUAAUUUAUGCUCCAAA